UUUACCUUCGUCGUUAAAUAGGCUAUUGUAUAACGCAUGAUUUAUAAACAAUAUUGCAUUCUGCUGGGUUUUUGCGAACUUAUUGCCAGUGGGAAUAGGAAUGAAACGUGAUCCGUCGCGUCGGAGAUACAUGUGUACAAAAAUAGAGAUGAAUUACCGCCUGAUAGAAUGACCGUGAAUCGUUUCUAGCGCAAUUAUGUGGCAGAAAGUUAAGAAAUAUUUCUUCGAUUAUUGUGAGCAUUCCAGCAUCAUCGGAUUCAAUUAUGUGGCCGAAAGAAGAUCCAAAGGGGAAAGACUAUUAUGGUUGUUACUAGUAGCAUUAGCGUUAGCGCUAUCGAUAUAUUUCAUACUGCAAAUGUGGUACAAAUACGACGAGAACCCGUUCAUCGUGAGCCUGGCGACGCGAGUCAAGCCGAUCUUCACCAUACCAUUUCCAGCGGUCACCAUUUGCCCGGCGUCCAAAUCGCACCGAUCGAUUUUCAACUACACCAACGCUGUACACAGGAUCUGGAACAAAUCGGACAUAUCCGAUUACGAGCAAGAAACGGUGAGAAUCGUGAGCAUGGUGUGCAAAGACUCCGACGUGAAUCUUUUGUUACCUCAAUGCGAGGGUUUCUCGGAGACUUUCUACCGCAGAUUGCACGAGAUAGACGCUACACGAGGGUAUUUCCACGAGGCGACCCUGUGCGAAUUCAUGGGGCGCUCGAAAAACUGCUCAGAAUUAUUCGUACCUAUAAUCUUAGACCAGGGUAUAUGCUACACUUUUAAUAUACUCGAUAGGGAAGAAAUAUACAAACCAAACGUGUACCAAUUCGAGCACUACCAUCAGCACCCUUACAGGAACCUUUGGAACCAAGAUAGUGGAUAUCCCAGGAACUCCAGGAAAGACGCCUAUCCUCGCAGAGCCCUGCAAGCUGGAGCAGAUAAUUCCUUAACUCUCCUCAUACCCCAGCUGGUGGAAGACGCAGAUUACCUCUGCCAAAUGCAGACUGGCUACACUGUGACCAUACACGUUCCCAACACCAUCCCAUUGACGCUGAAAGAUUACAAAAUAAUGCCUUCGGACGAAUCGACUACCAUUAUAAUAGAACCGGACCUUCUAACUACAUCAGCUACGGUGAAAUCGUACAAGCUAAUAGACAGGCAGUGCUAUUUUUCCGAUGAGAAGGACCUGGCGUAUUUUCGCAUGUACACGCAGGAGAAUUGCCUGCUCGAAUGCCUCACGAAUUUCACGUUGAAAACCUGCGGGUGCGUCGAUUUUUUCAUGCCCCACGAGAACACGACAGAAAUCUGCGGUAACUCCAAGAUGGCGUGUCUACAGGAAGCCCAGGACGAGCUGAAAAUGCUGGAACUGGACGUGGAAUUGGACGAGGAUCCGGAAAACCCGUACCAGAGCUGCGAGUGCCUGCCGGUGUGCACGCAAUUAUCCUACAAAACCGACUCGUUCUCGUACAAAUGGCGCUGGAAGGAGUAUUUCAUGGCGAAUAAUAAACUCAACAUCACCGAAAAACUCACCCAAUCGUUGCACUUUUCGAUGCUGCAGGUGUAUUUCAAAUCGGACCGAUUUUUGCCAUCGGAGAAAAACGAGCUCUAUGGACCGUUCGAUUUUCUAUCGAACUUCGGCGGAUUGUUGGGACUUUUCACCGGAUUUUCCCUGCUAUCGGCCGUGGAAUUGGUGUAUUUCGUGUCGGUGAGGCUGUGGUGCAACAGGCGGCUGUACAACGACCUGUCGGGGCCCCCGCAAAGGACCACUUGAAAGCGUUUUUGUCAUGUUAUUAUGUAUUCUAGUUUAAAUACAUUUCUAGUUUCCUUUUCGAUUUG